AUGGGUAAAAAGAAAUCCAACUCUUCUAAUGCUGCACAAAUAUUGGAAUCGUCUGUAUCGCCAAUUUUAGAAAUUAAUUAUAAUGAUCCUUUAUUCACUGCUGCAUCUCAUCCCACAAAACCAAUUUUAUUAUCAGGUUUAGCUACUGGUCAUGUCUAUUGUAAUUCUUAUGAUGCAGAGAAACUAGAAGAAUUGACUCAAUCGAAAAGAGAAGAAUAUGCUACAUUGGAAAAACAAGCUUAUACUCAAGGUAAAAUACCACACAUCAACAAAUCAGUCUCUCAACUGAAGAAAAAAUGGUGGACCAUAGUUCAAGACAACACUGAAAUUCCAAACGAUGGAGAUCUCAUCAAUACUAAUUGGAAAACAAAACGUCAUAAGGGAUCAUGUAGACAUGCCAUCUUUGAGCCAUUGGAAAAUUCUGUGGGUGAUUUCAUUUAUACAUGUGGAACCGAUAAUAUUAUUAAAAAGGCAUCUACUGAAACUGGGAAAGUCGUGGGGAAAGUUGAUGUUCUGUCUGAUUACUCCAACAAGAAAGAUUUAUUAACUAAAUUAUGCCACUCGGUAACUCAUCCAUUUUUAUUAUCAGGGACAGAGGAUGGACAUGUGCUAGUCUAUGACAGCGCCAAUUUAAACUCCAAUAAAUUAAAAUUCAAAGUUGAAAGUGCCCAUGAUGAUUCGAUAAACCAUAUUUUAGCUAUGCCCGCUGUAUCAGCCUAUCAUUAUCUAACGUUAGGAUCUACUACUUUAGCACACAUUGAUAUUAGAAAGGGUAUCAUUACACAAUCUGACGACCAAGAAGAUGAAUUAUUGGCAAUGUGUUUCCCUAGUGAUGAAGUAUCUCAAUCAAAUGAUACCGUUUUGGUUUCUCAUGGAGAAGGUUUGAUUACUAUAUGGAAGAAUUCAAAGAAUAAACUCAUGGAUCAAUUGUCUCGUGUAAAAGUUAAUAAAUCUGCAUCUAUAGAUACGAUCAUUUCAACUAUGAAUGCCGAUAAUGAAGAUAUGGCAAACUCAGUUUGGUGUGGUGACAGCGAAGGGUUGUUGCAUAGAAUUAAUUAUAAAAGAGGUAGAGUGGUUGAGACUCGUUUGCAUUCAGUGGCCAAAGGCAAACAUGGUGCAGUUGACGAAGUGGGAAUUUUGGAUAUCGAUUUUGAUUAUAGAUUGGUUAGUGCUGGUAUGGACACAUUAAAGAUUUGGUCUAACACACAAGAUGAAGAACAGAAUGAUGAAGAUGAUGAUGACGAUAAUGAUGAUAGUGAUGGAGAUGAUUCUGAGAGUGUAUCUGGUGAAGAUUCCUGGAGUGAUAUAAGCUCUUCAGACGAGGAGCUUGACACGAAUCCAGAUGAUGAUUCUGAUAAAGACGAUGUAGACGUCGAAGACGAUCUACAGUUACGCAAGAAACGAGAUGAUAUUUCUCAACUUAUAUCCAAGCCCAAAAGAAAAACAAUUGACAUUAAUAAAUUGACAAAAGCAACUAAAAACACACAACCAGAAGAUGAUGAAGAAGACCAAGAAGUGCCUGAACCUUCUCAGAAGAAACAAAAAGUCAAGGAGAAGAAGUUGACAACUAAACAACUUCGUAAUAUGCAAAAACAUGAACACGGUAUUAGAAAAUUUGAAGGUUUGUAA